GGGCGCCCCGUGGGGUGGGGGUUCCCUCGAUCUGCCUUCCCGUAUCGGCUGGGGGUGCUGCAGGGCCACCAUGCCCUCCCCUGCAGCCCGGGGUGCCCCCGGGGAGUCCAGCUACUGCCCCAGCCCCACUCGAGGCCCCCAGCCCCUCCUGGCAGAGGUCGCCAUGCCCACCCAGCCGCUCGCUCACACCCCACUGGGACCCCUGGGGCAGACUGGGGGUCCCCACAGGCUGGGCCGGGGUCAGGCCUCACAGCAGGGGGCUGGCAGGCCCCAUGGGGACAGAGGGGAGAGGCCCUGGUGGCUGGGGCAGCCACUCCAGCUCCCCCCAGGGGUGCAGUGUGGGGGCAGCUGCAGGGCAGAAGGGGUUUCAGGGGACCCCGCUGCCACCACCGGCGGCUUUUGGGGCGGGUGCCGGACCCCUGGAGCGGGUUGGCCUGUUCCCUGGGAGGGCAUGACCAGAAUAGCUCCGCUAUCUGAUUCCUGCUGGAGGGGCUGCGGCUGCUCCUGUGCCACUAUCUCCUCGGGGCUGACAUUUGAGCCCAGCUCCCCCUCGCCAGCAGGGACGUGCGGCCGGUCACCAGCUUCACCCGCCUCCUCCGUUCCCCGGACGAGCAAGGAGCAACGAGCAACUGGAUGGCGGGCGGGAGGCGGCGUGGGGGCAGUGGGCGGUGUGGGAGACCCCGACAGCAGCCUGGGACCCGCGAACCUGCCCCCUCGCCUGUGCCCCGCUCUCCUGCAGCCGCCAUGGCCCAGCAAUGUGCAGGCACUGCCACCAGAACCAGCCGCCCCAAGAAGCCCAUGAAGGAGCCAGCGGUGACUGCUCCCGACGUGGACUCGCUGGGCUUCCAGGCCAUGGACCACAACGUACCGGGGCUGUCCCACGUCAUCCUCCAGAAGCUCAACAUGAAGAGCUACGAGGACUACAAGUCUGCCAUGGAUGGGAGGAAGAGCGGCAGUGAUUUUGGCAUCCGGACUUACUUCGACAUGUUCCAGAAGAUGGAGGACACCUUCAAGUUUUGCGCCGAGUGCAAGAAGCUCCCCGAUGCCCUCCCUGACCCCAAAAGCCUCCGGCGAUGCAAGAGGUGCCAAAACGUGUACUACUGCGGCGUGGUGUGCCAGCGUGCCAACUGGCCGCUGCACAAGAAGUUCUGCAAGAAGCUGAAGCUGGUGGCCCUGGAUCGGUUGGUGGAGUGGCUCAUCUUCACAGGAGAUAUCCCCUUCCCCACGGAGACCUGGACAAAACCCGCCCGGGAUGUGGAGGGCUGGGAGGACUGGUUCUCCAUGCAGGGGCAGCUGGAGGAGAAGCUGGGUGCCAUCCUGUCUGGGCGGUACAUGACUAUCCUCUGGGCCAAUGCCGGGAAGCCCCGGCCGGAGGAUAGAGAGCUGUGCGAAUCCGUCCGGCGGCUGGUCACUGACUUCCACUCGCGGCCGCUCACCAUUGGCUUGGGGCUGCGGCUUUUUGGCAUCAACCCCCUCACCAAGGCCCUCACUGUGCACGUGGUGGGGGCAUCCCAUGUUGAGACCCUCAACACCCGGCUGACGGACUACGAUGAGCUGACGCGGAUGUUUCCAGGGCACUGGGGCAUGGAGGUGGUGAUGAUUGGAGUGGAUGUGGUCAAUGGACCCAUCAUGAGGCCACCCCUGGCCAAGCCAGCACCCCGGGGAAGGGUCUAUCUCAGCAGCUACAAGGGGCUUUACCACGACUUCUGGGAAAGUCACGUGGAGACCAAGCUGGCUGCCCGCCCUGACCUGGUGGUGGGCUUUCACCCGGGUUUCCACGCCUGCCCAGACCUGCUGGCAGGCUGGCUGCCCACCCUCCUGCUGCUGCGGGACUACCGCCUGCCCGCCCUCUUCACUGUCUACAGCGAGCAGGAGCUGAAGUCCUCCCUGCAGAUCCUAGUGGAGCUCGAGGUGCACAUCAUGGGCUACGCCACCAACCCCUUUGCCUCACUCCGGCCCGAGCAGGUCUACUCUAGCCCCAACAAGGCACCAGUCUACUGCAGCUCCUACUAUAUCACCCUGCUGGGGCCAGCGGCAUCGGCUGUGCCAGGCGCCGAGGAGCUGGAGGAUGGUGAUGACUGGCAGGGAGAGGAGCCCAGUGCUGCUGGGGGCACCGCCCCGGUGCUGGGCUGACCCAGUCCUGCCUGCCUUACCCACCCAAACCCCAGCUGCUCUCUGCCCUGUCCCAGGACCCUGUCUCCCCAUCACAGGAUCAGCCAUCCUCACUGCACACAUCCAGACCCAGGGGAUGCAGCACCCCGGCACAGGCAUGGCACCCCUCCGUGGUGCCAAAUAAACCACUGCCAG